GUUAUAUUGGAUGCUUAAGAAAUUAUAGAUUCCAUGGCAUUUCCACUAAAUGAUCAAGUUUAUAUAAAAUCUUUUACACCUAGGGAGUAUCAAGUAGAAUUGUUUUAUAUUGCUAAAGAGAAAAACAUAAUAAUUUGCUUGGGAAAAAAUUAUGAACAAACCUUCAUUGUUAUAAAACUAAUUCAAGAAUUUGCUACGAAUAAUAGGAGACUAUUAAGUGAUGGAGGAAAACGAUCGUUAUACAUAUUGACAGAUGUGGAAAAGUAUAAAAUAAAAGCAAGUUACAUACAGCAAUUAACAGAUUUGAAAGUUUUGCUAUGUGAUACAUACUCAACUACAGAAUUUAUGGAAAAAUAUGAAUCUUCCCAUGUAUUAGUUACAACUUCUGAAAUAUGUGCACAGUUAUUAGUAGAAAAAAAGAUCUUACCACAACAGAUGAAUCUAGUCAUUGUUGAUGAAUGCCAUAAAUCUAUAGAUGAUAAUAAGCUAAUAUUCAUUUUGCAAAUGUUUUUAUCUUGCAUCAGUGUUCCUAGAAUUAUUGGAUUAGCUGUACCAUUAUUUAAUUUAACUCAAGAACCUGGAAGAUUAGGGCUUGAAAUAGAAAAAGUAGAAGCUACAUUUCAGUGUGAAGUUGAAACAGCUAGUGACAUAUUGUCGGUAUUACGCUAUAGCCCUAAACCUAAGGAAUACAUAGUGGAAUAUUCUGGAAAUGAGAAAGAAGAAUUAUAUAAUACUAUUGAAAAUUAUGUGCUACAUGUUAUUGAAUUUUUACGUGAUCACCGUCAUGACCCUACAGAAAUAUAUACUGAAGAAUUUUAUGAAGAUAUUCAAAAAAUACCUGAUCCAACAGGAAAACCCAUUGAGAUGAUGCAAGAUUUUUUGCAUGUAUUAGAAACACUUGGACCAUGGUGUGCAGAUCGUGCUGCUCUUGCUCUUUUAAUUUUAACAGAGAAACUGAAAAUAAAAACUCCUUACGAAAGACAUUAUUUGUUACUCAACAUGGUAGCAUCUGUUUUUCUGAAAAUACGUGCUCUGUGUGAUAAUGCUUUUGAACGUUUAUCUGAAAAGGAGAGAAUAUACAAAUACAGUACGCCAAAAGUUCAUCGUCUGCUGCGGGUUCUAAAGACUUAUACUCCAUAUUAUAACAAAUAUAUGGAUAAUGUUUAUAAUAAAAUAAAGAAUGAAAGUAAUUUAAAAAAUUUAGUGGUAAAUAACAAAGAAACUUCUAUGAAAGAUAAUUUUAGACAAGUUAGAAAGUCAGACUGUAAUUGGAAAAAUAAUGAAGAUAAUUAUAAAAGAUCACCCAAAUCUGAUCGUCAUGUGCGUGGAGUUACAGAUCCUGACUUACUAUGCGGAGUGAUUUUUGUGGAUAAAGCAUUUGUAGCAAAAAUUCUGUUCUAUUUAUUACAUGAAAUUUCUGUGCAUGAUGAACAGUUACAUUUUUUAUCACCUCUUUAUACAAUUGAGAGAAUUCCCGAUGACACUGGUUAUUCAAAAGAUAUCGAAGUGGAACAUAGAAAACAGGAAGAAGUUUUAAAAAGAUUUAGAGUACAUGAAUGUAAUUUAUUAAUUUCAACUUCAAUUUUAGAAGAAGGUAUUGAUAUUCCAAAAUGCAAUUUUGUAAUGAGAUAUGAUUUUCCAAAAACUUACCGCUCUUAUGUACAAUGUAAAAGUCGAGCAAGAGCUAUGGAUGCGUUACAUGUAUUAUUAGUACCAGAAACAGCAUCAAAAGAAUGUGUCCGGAAAUUGGCACAAUACCAUUAUAUAGAAAAGAUAUUGUUACUGAAAUGUUCUAAUAAUGAACCUACUGAGGAAGAAGAAAAUGAAGCAGACAUAUAUGCUCCUUUACUUCCACAUUAUAAACCACUUGAUGGAGAUGAUGCACCUUCAGUAACAUUCAACUCUGCCAUAUCAUUGGUAAACAGAUAUUGUGCAAAAUUACCUAGUGAUACUUUUACAAGAUUAACACCAGAGUGGUCCAUUAAGAGUAUUAAUGUAGACAACACACAUAUGUAUACAUGUUCUUUACGACUACCUAUAAAUUCUCCAGUAAAAUAUAUUGUAUCGUCAUAUCCUAUGCCUAAUAGGGCCAUGGCAAGACGGAUGGCCGCAUUACAAUUAUGCGUAGAUUUACAUAGGAAGAAUGAAAUAGAUGAUAACUUACUACCUAUUGGAAAAGAAAAUUUUAAAGCUAAACCAGAAGAUGCAGAAGUACCCGCACUUCCCGAUGAAAGCAUAGUGGAUUUUUCCGAAGCUCGGCCUGGAACAACUAAACGUAGACAGUAUUACUAUAAAAAGACAGCUGAGGCAUUAACGGACUGUAGACCAAAACCUGGAGUUCCUUCCUAUCUAUAUCACAUUAAUAUGGUUUUGAGUUGUCCUUUACCUGAAGAACAAAAUACCAGAGGUCGACGUAUUUAUCCCCCUGAAGAAUCAGCUAUUGGUUUUGGUAUAAUAACUUUGAAACAAAUUCCGAAGCUGUGUCCCUUUCCUAUCUAUACUAGGUCCGGAGAAGUUCAUGUAAAGUUAAAGCUCAGUAAACAGACUGUGAUUUUAAGCGAAGCGCAGACAGAGAAAAUAGCUACUUUUCUUUAUUAUACUUUUACAAAUGUAUUAAGAUUACAACAGUAUUUAAUGCUGUUUGAUCCAAAUGCUUCUGAAAAUUCUUAUAUGAUUGUACCUGUAAAAUUAGAUAAGGAAUCUAACGCUAUUGUAGAUUGGGAAUUCUUGGAGUGUAUAUAUAAAAAUCGAAAUUCAGUGCCAACAAAGAUCUCUGAAGAGAUCAGACGAGACUUCAAGUUUGAUGCAUCCAAAUAUCAUGAUGCAGUGAUUAUGCCUUGGUAUAGAAGUCAGGAUCAGCCUCAGUAUUUUUACGUUGCUGAAAUUUGUUCAAAUUUAAAUCCCAAGUCUUCGUUUCCCGGUGAUGAUUAUAGUACAUUCGAGGAAUAUUAUCUUAAAAAAUAUGGUAUACAGAUACAAAAUGUUGUUCAACCUUUACUGGAUGUAGAUCAUACAUCAGCUAGAUUAAACUUCUUGACACCUAGAUACGUAAAUCGAAAAGGCGUUGCCUUGCCUACGAGUAGUGAGGAGACAAAACGCGCAAAACGCGAAAAUCUAGAACAAAAACAAAUUCUUGUUGCAGAGUUAUGCGCAAUUCAUCCUUUUCCAGCUUCAUUAUGGAGACAAGCAGUUUGUUUACCUUGUAUUUUAUGUAGAAUCAAUGCUUUACUACUUGCCAAUCAGAUACGAUGUCAAGUUGCGCAAUCCAUAAAUUUAGGACGAGAAAAUUUAGAUUCUGAUUUUGAGUGGCCGGCAUUAGAUUUUGGAUGGAGUUUAGCAGAAGUUUUAAAAAAAUCAAAAGAAUCUGAAAAAAAUAAACUUGCUAAAAAUGAAAUGGGACAAACAAAUUCUUUACAUAAUACAGCUGAUAUAAAAUAUGAAGAUGAUAAUGCAAUAGAAACAGAACCACAAAUAUCAAACGAUGAAAAUGAAUUUGAAAUUGGUACUUGGUCAAAUGAUAUGGCAGUGAACUCGAUAGAAUUUGGAACUAACGAUUUAAAUGUCUUAUCAAAUGAUUUUAAUUGGAAUGGUAUUCGAUAUGGUUCUCCCGCAUGUGAGUCAGAUUUUGAUGGCUAUGAAUCAGAUGAUAUUUAUAGUGAUGGGUUUGUUGAUACUUCGGAUGAAAGUGAAGACGAAAACAGGGGACUGCGUAUAUCGUAUGUGGGAGAAAACGUUGCUGAAGCUGUAGAAGAUGAGAAACAAAUGUCUAAACAAGAAAUCAAUAAAAAGAUUUUGGAUCUAUUAGAAAUCGAAAAAAGAGCGGAUGACAGUUUAUGGACAUAUACAAAGAAGAACGAAGAAUCGUUAAUUGAAGAGCAUAGACAAUCUCAUUACGAAUUUACUAAAAUCAAAGAACAGAAAAUAAUGGAAAAUGGAUCUUUUAUAUCCUGUAAUAACGAUAUUGUAAUUACAAGAAAGAAUUCAGUUAAUGGAUUAUCUGAAGGAAUCAAGUCGGAUUGUAAGCACAAAGCUUAUAUAGAAACAAUUGUUGAUAGAUUCAGUAAAGAAAUAUUAAAUACCAUCAAUUUACAACCAGUAAAAAAAGAUUCUAACAAAGUAGAUUUUACACAUAAUUUGGAUAGUAAUCUUUUUAGUUUUGACUAUCAACCUGAAUUAAAAAAUCAUCCAGGACCAAGUCCCAGUCUAAUAUUACAAGCUUUGACUAUGUCCAAUGCAAACGACGGCAUUAAUUUGGAACGGUUAGAAACUAUUGGAGAUUCAUUUUUAAAGUAUGCUAUAACUACUUACUUGUAUUGUACAUAUGACAAUAUUCAUGAAGGCAAACUUAGUCACUUAAGAUCUAAGCAGGUCAGCAACUUAAAUUUAUAUAGAUUAGGAAGACAAAAAAUGUUAGGUGAGAGCAUGAUUGCCACAAAGUUUGAACCACAUGACAAUUGGUUACCCCCUUGUUACUAUGUUCCAAAAGAACUCGAGCAAACAUUAAUUGAAUCUGGUAUUCCCUCUGCUUUAUGGAACCAAGCCGGAAUUCCAGUUUUACAAACUGUAAAUCCUACUGAUAUAAGUCAACUUGUUCGAGAAACCGAACAAAAAUUGGGCAUCAUGAAGAGUGAACUUAAUCGUAAUGAAACUAUACUUUCGAACAAUUUAGACAAAUUUCGUUGCUUUAUACCUUACAAUUUAAUCACUCAACAUAGCAUUCCUGAUAAAAGUAUCGCAGAUUGUGUGGAGGCAUUGAUUGGAUCAUACUUGAUUGCUUGUGGUCCUAGGGGUGCGCUACUCUUUAUGGCUUGGUUAGGGAUUCAUGUCUUACCCACAGAGGAAGUCUGUAUAGUACAAGAAACAGAACCGGAAGAAAGAAUUCCUGGUAGUACACCUAAUAUAAAAGGAACAAAUGAACAAGGCCAAACAACAUGGGCACAGAUUCGUUAUGGAACACUAGAGGAACCACAAAAUCCGUUACUUCGGCACAUUCCUGAUCCAGAACGAGAGUUGAAAUUGUUGCUUGAUGGUUAUGAUGAGUUAGAAUGGAGCAUAAAAUAUAAAUUUCGUGAUAGUAGUUACCUGUUACAAGCAUUUACUCAUGCAUCGUAUCAACCCAAUAGACUAACAGAUUGUUAUCAACGUUUAGAAUUUCUUGGAGACGCAGUUCUAGAUUAUUUAAUAACAAGACAUUUAUAUGAAGAUUCCCGACAGCAUUCACCAGGUGCUUUAACAGAUUUACGAUCAGCCUUAGUUAACAAUACAAUAUUUGCUUCGUUGGCGGUUCGUUGUGGAUUUCAUAAAUACUUCCGACAUCUUUCUCCUGGAUUAAGUGCUGUUAUAAAUCGUUUUGUUAGAAUCCAAGAGGAAAAUGGACAUUCCAUUAGUGAAGAGUAUUAUUUGAUUGGAGAAGAAGAAUGCGAAGAAGCUGAAGAUGUAGAAGUACCAAAAGCAUUAGGAGACGUUUUUGAAUCAUUAGCAGGUGCGAUUUAUUUGGAUAGUGGUAUGUCCUUAGACGCUGUAUGGGGGGUUUAUUAUGCCAUCAUGAAGAAUGAAAUUGAACAAUUCAGCACUAACGUUCCUAAAUCCCCAAUUCGUGAAUUAUUGGAACUGGAACCCGAAACGGCAAAGUUUGGUAAACCAGAAAAACUGGCCGAUGGACGUAGAGUUAGGGUUACAGUAGAUGUUUUCGGUAAGGGGUCUUUUAAAGGAAUCGGUAGAAAUUAUAGGAUUGCAAAAUGUACUGCAGCCAAGUGUGCUCUCAGAAAAUUAAAAAAAACGCAAAGUUAUUUUCGGGAAAAGUCAUAA